CGUUCAUCCAAGUUUUAUCGGUUAACUUUACGUAACAUUCCAAUUUYCAUGUUUGACGAGUAUACGAGUGUAUUGAGACUUUAUGAAUGCGCUCAAUUUUACCGCUAUAAUUAGGCACGUACGAGUGCAAGCGAACAAUAAUAAUAGUAUUAAUAAUAAUUGAUAUUAUAUAUUAUUAUACUACUAGAUACAUCGUACGUGGUGUGGAAAAUAAACCAUCAGGACCAAAUAUUUUUCGUCUGAGGGGUCUCUAUUAUAAUCUCUGGUAGAUCGGAACAAUAAUUAUUAUUAUACGUGGACGGCUUCGAAAUGCCGUUUUGCCCACCCGCGGUGGUUUUGAUCGUGCUGAUCGCUCUGGUGUCGACCGAGUACUCCGACGGUCAAGCAGCGUCCAAUAACGAGUCCUUUGCACUGUCCAAUAACGAGUCCUCUGUACCGUUAAAUGAUGUAUCCAGUGCUCAGGAUACCGGAAUUCCUGGGUCGUGGGUCUCUGAUCUUUUCUACCAAGCGUUGGCGAAUUUCACCGUGCGACACAUAGGGAGCUCAUCCGAGUGCCGCAAAGAUGUCGAGAUUUACGACAACAACUUACGAAACUACACCAGUUGGGCUGUUAGGAUGUCAGAAUCCUGGAACCGGUAUCCCGUUGGUAUACUGGCAGGUAAUAAAUAUCAAAUGGGGGUCUAUGACGAAUGURUCGAUGUGCUUCGUCCGAUAAGAGGGCAGUAUUGUUUGUCUGAAAUCAAACUAUUUCCACCGUCGGGAAAAAAUUAUSGUUUCAAUAGAACGAAAAAUCUAGACGAUUUUGGCAACAAUCAUGCAUGGAAAACAAUACUCGGGUGGGUGGAUUAUCCAGACCAAGUUCAACGAAAUAGCUURAAUUUAGGGAUCUGCAUUCCGAAUUCUUGUACAGCAGCAGAUCUUCAAACAUCAUUGCAAAAUGAAUUGGACAAGGUGUUUUUACCAGAGCAGUUCAAAGCCGUUGUUAAAGUAAAUCCACUCUUGUGCACUGUUAGUGGAGACAUGUAUCCUUACAAUACAGCAUAUUACAUAACCAACUUGGUUUUUGGAUUAAUUUUUCUGAUUUGUGGCGUUUCAACAGCUCAUCAUUAUAUAGCAAUAUCUCGCCAACGAAAGAAGAAAGAAAACGAAAGAGAAGUCCCAAAAUCAUUUUUUUACACAUUUUCUUUUAUUCAGUCAUUAAAAAUAUUAUUUAAAUACAACAAAGAAAACGAAUUUAAUAUAUUGAAUGGUUGGAAAGCAUUUCUGAUGAUGAUGAUUUUAUUGGGUCACAGAUUUAUGUAUCUAGUUGGAAAUCCAAUCAGUAAUCCUAAAUUCCUAGAAAACAUGUAUCUCAAGGGAAACGGUCUUUAUUUGACUAGUAUGAACUUAACUGAUCCAUUUUUUUUCUUAACUGGUUUUCUGAUUUAUACGACAUUAAUACCGAUUUAUAGAAAAUCGCAAAAGGUACCAGUUUUGGCAAAUAUUGGUAGGCCAAUUAUCUACAGAAUCAUCAGAAUAUUACCGGCUUAUUGUGUGAUAAUGGCGUUCACGGCUCACAUCUUGCCUCACCUCGGAAACGGCCCACUAUGGCCUUAUAGAACCUGGGACGAAGCCGAAAUAUGUAAAAACUAUUGGUGGACGAAUAUGUUGUUCAUAAGUAAUUUGAUUGAUUCCAAGUAUGAAUGUCUCAUAAUCAGUUGGUACAUAUCGUGUGAUAUUCAGUUUUGCAUACUUGGCAUCAUUAUUGUUUACAUUUACGCGAAGAACAUUAAAUUCGGGAUCGGAUUGUUAAUUGCAGUGCUUGGUGUAUCGAUAUCUGUGCCAUUUAUAAUCACGAUAAUGACAAAGAGGGAAGGCAUAAUUAAAAUACUUAUUCCAUUCUUAGAAAACACAAGAUAUUCUGUAACAUUUAAUGAGUCGUACAGAGCAAGUUACGUGCGAGCUUUCCCUUUUUUUAUAGGUAUAGCAACAGGUAUAAUCAUUGAAAAACUAAAGGAAAACAAAGUAAAAUUUUCGCAAAUUACUGUACACUUAGGGACAUUCACUGUUGCCGUGAUCUGUUUAUGGGUUCAGUUUUAUGGAACUAUAUUUUAUGAGAGGGAUAGACCUUAUUAUCUAUUAGAACAAGCUCUAUACUCAACUUUAAAUCAUUGUACAUGGGUCAUACUAUUUUCCUGGUUACUUACUUGCCAUUUCACAAGUGGUUAUGGACUACUACUAACAAAAUUACUCAGUAAUAGAUUAAUGGUAACAAUGGGAAGACUUUCGUAUUCCGUUUUCUUAGUCAACCUCACUAUUAUGAUGAUAUCACAGAGUCGAAUGAGAUUUCCAAAUUAUCUUUCAAAACAAACUUUGGUGGAUGCCUGGUUGUAUGACGCAUUGAAAAGCUAUUUAUUUGGCUUAGUAUUAUUCUUGGUGGUCGAAGCGCCAAUAAGUAAUUUAACGACGAGAUUUUUUAAACGGAAGUAARACAUUAUUGUUUUUAUGCGUCACAAAUUAUUGUGGAUUUUUUUUAAUUAUUGUUAAAUCACUAAAAUGC